CACCACCACACACAACCACCACCACACACACAACCACCACCACACACACACCACACCACACACACUACACACACACAACAACCACCACCACACACAGCCACCGCACACCGCACAGCAAGAACCAUGGGCUGCCUAUUCUCAAAGAAAUCGAGCAAAAAGAAUCGUGGCGAGGGCGGAGGAGAAGGCGGCGAGGAGGAGGAGGAGGCCGUGGUGGAAGAGGCUCCAUCAAAGAAGUACAGCUGGGACAAGCGCGAAAAGGUGGACCUGCAGCGCUUUGUGUUGAGCGGCCUGAGCGGCACGGUGGUGGGUCGGGCCCCGGGCUCGGUGGCCGGCCAGCAGCUCGUGGUGCAGGCCUGCAGCGACUGCCGCUUCUUCAUCCUCGACCACUCGGCCACCGUCACGGUGGACGACUGCGUGCGCUGCCGCCUCGUGCUGGGCCCCGUCAAGGGCAGCGUCUUCCUACGGGACUGCGAGGACUGCGAGGUGCUGGUGGCGUGCCAGCAGUUCCGGACGCGCGACUGUCGUGGCCUGAACAUCUCCUUGUGCUGCUCCACACAGCCUGUCAUCGAAGCCUCCACCGCCCUCAAGUUCGCCUGCUACCAGUUCUACUACCCGGAGCUCGCCUCCCAGUUCCGGGACGCCGAGCUGAGCAUCUUCAACAACCAGUGGAGCGGCGUUCACGACUUCACCCCGGUGCCGGGCGAGCGAAACUUCUCCCUAACGGCGGACUCCGGCUUCGUCCGCGACCUCCUCCUCCCCACCGCCGCCACCGGCAGCACCGGCAGCACCGGCACCGGCACCGGCACCGGCACCGGCAAGGACCUCCCGGCGGCCUCGCCGGGCGGGCUCGCUGGGGUUGAGGCGGUGGAGUCGGGCCAGUGGGCGGCCGAGCAGUGGAGCGCCGUGCUGCGGGUGAGGGUCUCGGCGACGCGCAGCGUCGUGCCGGCCACGCUGGGGGCGGCGAGGAGGCGGCACAGCGACGAGUCGGCGCUCGUCGUCUUCUUCGCAGACGACUACGCCAAGGCCAACGCUCGCAAGCUCAUCGACGAGAUGGAGUCACGGGGCUUGGUCCUGGUCCAGACGAAGGAGGUGGCCAUGAGGAGCGAGGACGCUGAGCGUGUGUUCAGGGAGCGUGCCGCUCACCUCACCCCUCACCUGCAGAAGGGCCCUGUGAUUGGCCUGGAGCUGAAUGGGGAUGGAGCUGUGGAGAGCACGAACAGCGUCGUGCGGACACUCUUCACUCCCGCCACUCCGGUGUUUGUCUCCGCGAGUGUGGACACGGCCUCCCAGGAUGUUGACUCAUUCUACAACUUUGCGGACAUGCAGAUGUCGGGCUGAGACGGCGGCGUGGACAGCAAACAGAGGCCGGCCCCUCUCAGACAGCCGGACAGGACAAGAGAGGAGACAACUCCCUGUCUCUGUGUCUCUGUCUCUAAAUAUGCGUCUAUAAAUCCGUCUCUAAAUCUGUGUCUCUGUCUCUCUGUCUCUCUGUCUGUCUCUCUGUCUCAUUGUUUGUCUCUCCCU